AUGUCGACCACCAACUUCAACGUUACGGAGCACACUAUCCCCGCGGGCCACAUUCGCGAGUAUGCCGGCAGCACCGCCAAUAGUCAAGAGGAGGUGCUGCAGCUCCAUGUGAAACAGUACACUCCUAAGGAGCAAUCACUGCCCCUGUCCCCGAAUGCGGUGACCAUCGUGGCAGCCCACGGGGUUGCUCUGGCCAAGGAACUGUACGAGCCGCUGUGGGACGAAAUAUGGCAGCGUUCCAGGCAGAAUGGAAACGUGCAUAUCCGCAGCAUCUGGAUUGCCGACAUGGUCAAUAUGGGCGGCAGUGGCAUCCUCAAUGAAGACAAGUUGAGCACGGAUUCGUAUCUGCAUCCUCGUCUCUUCACGACGGUCGUCCUCUUAGACCCCGUCAUCCAGCUGACCCCGCCACCCAUGGGAUUUGGGACUGAGCCCCCCAGCGCAGUUAACUUCACUCUGUAUCGUCCCGACGUCUGGCCAAACCGCAAGGCCGCCAUGGCCACUUAUGCGAAGAUCUUCCCCUCUAUGGACCCUCGUUGUCUGGAGCGAGCGGCCAAAUAUGGAUUCCGCGAUCUGCCCACGGCUCUGCAUCCAAACCUCCCGGAAGGCAGCAAUGCGUCUGACCCACCCGUCACGCUCACCACCACCAAAUACCAAGAUCUGCUGGGUCAGAUCCGCGAGAAUUUCUCGGCCCGCGCCCCGGACGGCUCCAUCCAAAUCAACCGUCGCACGCACGCAGACAUAGAUCCCCUGGCCGCCUUCAUCCCUAUGUAUCGUCCGGAGCCACGGAGCACGUUCUAUAAGCUCUCGAGUUUGCGGCCGUCGGCGCUUUGGCUUCUCGGGGGAAACAGCUAUCUCCGCACGGACGAAAUCCGCCAGGGUGUCCAGACCUGUGGAACAGGGGUCGGUGGCAGCGGGGGAAUUUCGCCAGGGAGGGUUAAGGAAGUCAUCUUGCCCAAGGCGGGUCAUCUCUUCCCGUUUGAGAAUGUGGCCGACGCGGCUGAACAUUGCUUCCGGUGGUUGGAUCACGAAAUGGCGCACUUCAUUCGUUUGGAGCGCGAGUGGGAGGAAAAGCGCCGGUCUAUGAGCAAGCGUGAUCAUCUUGUCUUGGGGGAGGAAUGGUACAAGGCUAUCAAACCGAACAGUGCUUUCCGAGCUCCGAGACCGAAGAAGGAUAAGCUGUGA